AUGGCUACUAUCGGUAGCGACGCAUGGUUGGGUGCAGGCAGCAAUGACGCUGAGCAGACUCGAGUCACCGAGUUCGUCGCUCGCAUCAACUGGCCAGCAUUGCUCCAUAAAGCCUCGCAGGGCAACAACGGUGUAAGCUGCAAGCUUAGCGAGAAAUACUCCCACGGCAUCAACAACCUCGUCCGCAAGCUCGAGUUCGCCGACGGCACACAAUGGGUAGCUCGACUCCCGCUCCCCGAGCUGCCAGAUGCCCAUGAAGUCGUCAAUCCAGAGCAUAGACUCCAAGUCGACAUCGCAACCAUGAAAUACAUCCGCAAGCACACCAGCAUUCCGGUCCCAGAGGUCUUUGCAUACGACCUGUCGCCAGACAACGAGGGUGGAGCGCCGUACAUCUUGAUGAGCUACAUCCACGGCACUAGCGCGAUGGAGCUCAGCCAGGCGCGAGGGUACGAUUUGCAGAAGGACGAGAAGUUCUGGCAGGGUGUGGCGGAUAUUCAAAUGCAGCUAGCCAGCCUCCACUUCGAUAAGAUCGGGUGCAUAUACCAAGACUCGUCCUCCGACUCCUUCACCAUCGGGCCCGAUGUCGUGACUGGGCUAGGACCAUGGGACGACGCCGAGACCUUCUGGUCUGACCUGGCUCAACACUACUUGCAGAAUGGCAUGGCCGCUGGCACUGCCGCCGCUGGUCAGGACGACGACGACGACGAAGAGGGAGACGAAGCAGAACCAUUCCAACUGCCACCUCAAUUCGCCAACUUCCCAGCCCUCAUUCAGAUGUUCAGCAAGGAACGUCCCUUUCGCCUGACGAACCGCGACUUCGGCAUCCACAAUCUUCUCGUCAACGACGCCUUCGAGAUCGUCGGUCUGAUUGAUCUUGAUGGUGUCAUGGCAGCUCCCGUUGAGAUGGUGGCGCAGAUGCCGAGGUUUUCUGGUUUGGAUCUGCCAUUGCCGGGCUUUGGAGACGAGGGAGAGGCUGAAGAUGCUGAAGAGGGUAAUGAGGAGGCUAUUGGAAUGUAUAUCGCUCGUCUUCAGGAUGCUGUCAGUCGGAUUGGGGGUGCUGAGUUGGGUGAGCUUGUGGAGUCUUUCACAUCGACGGAGGCGGGGAUUGUGCAAGGCUUGUACCGAUUUCAUCAGGCGGCUACUGGGUCGGCUUUGUACCAGCCGGAAUGA